AUGGACAGCCACUUCUGUUGUCCAGGCCGGGUAGAAGAUACGUCUGACUGCAGCCUGCCAGGCAACAUGACCCUAACUUGCACUGCAGUGGCGUCAAACUCUCCGGGAAAUCAUGAUUCACUGCAUUUGGGGAGGCAGGCAGCAACAGCUGCUACAGCCGCAGACUCAACAAAAGCGUUUGUUGUAAAAAGAGAAGACGAAGAAUGGGAGCGCGAAAUUGAUGGAGAAAAGCCUGAAAUUAGGCAGACCCAGCUGAAUGAAACGAAGUUAAGAGAGGAUCAAGCAAAGACCACAUCCAGUGGAACCAUACAAAGUCAGCAAGACUUGAGGCAGACGGAUUGGAUGGUAAAACAGGCGGCCGACUUAAGUUGGGGAGAGAAGGUAGGUUAUUAA